CCCAACGAGCAAAGUUGUCUUAUAAAUCGAAUGUUUGGUGACUAUUUUAUUUUAAAGGUAUCUUAUAAAUGCUUUCAAUAAUAGCAAUUUAUUAUAUUAAGCCUACAUAAAUACUUUUUUGUUGCGAAUAGCUGAAGAAUUUUAUAGAGUUAUCGUGACAACGUUAGUAAAGCGAAAUUAUAAAAUAUCUUAUGAAACAGUUGCCUAGUUAUCAUUUAAGUGUGUCGAUACCUAGCUUAUAAAAUAAUACAAUCUAUAAAACUGAUUUGUUGCUUAGUGGUUUUUUAAUUUAUUAUGGUGAUAAGGCAGAUAGUGUUACAAAUAUCUUAAAGAAAUACUUUUAAGUUGCUUUUCGUCCACUUAAAAAAUUGUUAUAUUGUUGUACCUUUAGCAACGAUUUCGUUUCGAUGAGUAAAUAGUUGUUUUGGUAACCACUUGAUAACUAUUUUGUUGUAUCGUAUUUCUACGACAAUAAUAAAACAAUAUACCUAUAAAUUUUAAGUUAGGUUACCUAUUUUGAAAAUAAUUCUUCAUUAUGUGCGAUAUAAGUCAGUGGAAAAAAAUCAAAAAAAGUGGUGCAUUUCGAAGACGAAUGAAAAUGUGUUAUGAAAAUAUGAUGAAGAAUACAAGUACAUAUAGUGCUGGGAAUCAGGAGACACUACAGAAAGAUGUUGAAUCAAUAGACUGUACACAAUCUGCAGAUGCUGAAAUCUCAAUGAGCGAAAAUACGUCUGCUAUCUCGAUUACCAAAGCCACAGCAACUGAGAACCCACAAACAGUGGUGGACCUGUCGAAUAAUAAUACUGACAUAGUCACAAGUGAUGAUGAAGUAAGAGGUAAUUGGUUGAUAGAAUUAGAGUCAAAUGAAGAUUGCGACUCUGUACUGGAACUUGAGCAAAAUGCAGAAUUUAGGAAUCGUUUAAGGCAAUGGGCAGUUUCAUUUAAUAUUUCACACUCAGCAUUAAGAGUGCUCUUUCGAUACCUGAAUGGAAGGAUGCCGAACAUUCUACCUCAUGAUCCCAGAACACUUUUGAAAACAUAUCACACUAUUGUUAUGGUUAAAAUUGGAGAGAAUGGCCAUUAUUGGCACCAUGGAUUACAAUUUUCUUUACAGAAAAUGUUGACAUCAAUUCAAAAUCUUCCAAAGAAAAUUUCGUUGAAUAUUAGUAUGGAUGGUCUUCCCAUAUACAAAAGCAGUAGAAGUGAAUUCUGGCCUAUACUUUUCAACAUUCAUGAACUUCCUGAAAUUAAACCCAUGAUAAUAGGUAUAUAUUGUGGUAAGGGAAAACCUUCAAAUUUGGCAGAAUAUUUGACACCAUUUGUUGAAGAAGCCAAACCAAUACUUUCGGAAGGAUUGAUAAUCAACGGAAACAACACUACUGUUAAAAUAAGAUGCUUUGUAUGUGACUCACCGGCUAGAGCAUUCAUCAAAGGAGUAACGAACUUCAAUAGUAAACAUGGAUGCCUCAAGUGUACUACAGUUGGAGAAUAUUCACACAUUUCCCAUACAGUCUACUUUCCUACGAUAGGUUGUGAAAAAAGAACUAAUGCUGGAUUUCAUGCAAAAUUAUAUGGCUCCCAUCAUAAACAAGAUACCCCUCUAAGUUUACUGCCCAUCGAUAUGGUUGAAGAUUUUCCGGUCAGUGAUUCUCUUCAUCUGAUCGAUCUGGGUGUCAUGAAAAGGUGUUUAUUGGGAUGGAGAGAUGGAAGUUUUGGUACUUAUAAAACUAAAUGGUGUGCGAAAGAUAUUACUGACGUUUCACAUUUUCUUGAGAAAUGUAAGCUACCAUCUGAAGUUCAUAGAGCUGUACGAGGCUUAAAUGUUUUAUGCCAUUGGAAAGGUUCCGAAUAUCAUACUUUUUUACAUUAUUUAAGUAUAGUAAUACUUAAGGAUGUAUUGCCUCUUGAUGUGUACCAACAUUUUCUUAAUUUUUUUUGUGCUAUAACUAUAUGCUCAACUAAAUAUUAUGUGCAUUUUCUCCAUUUGGCUGAAGCAUUACUCAAUAAUUAUGUUGAAUAUUAUCGAGAUUUUUAUGGAGAGGAUUAUAUUACCAGUAAUGUUCAUAAUCUCACUCAUUUAGUUGAUGAAGUAAGAAGGUAUGGACCUUUGACGACUUUCAAUGCAUACCCUUUCGAAAGUCGACUUUAUCAAAUAAAAAAUUUAUUACGAAAUGGAAAUUCCCCACUGGCUCAGGUUGCAAAAAGGAUGAGUGAAAUUAUACAAUGUGAAAAUGAAUCUAAAAAAUAUUGCACAUCUUUUCCUGUUUUAAAAAGCAAGAACGACUCAGGAUUUUUUUCAAAAAUAGAAUUGAAACAGUUCUCAUUAUCGGCAGACAAUCGUAAUAAAUGGUUUCUUACUCACAAUGAUGAUAUUGUAGCAAUGGAGUAUGCCAUAUUGAUAAAUAACACUCCUCUCAUUUGUGGACAUGCUGUAGGUGAUAAUUUACAAGAAGUUUUUGAAAUUCCAAUAAAAUCAUCAUUCUUAAAUAUUUUCAAAACUAAUAAUAAUAAUCAAAAGCCAUUAAAACUUUAUUCAACUACGGAUGUUAAGUGCAAAAUGGUAGCAACUAAAUAUAGAGAUGAAUUUUUUUUUAUUCCUUUAUUGCACACUUUACAUGAAAAUAAAUAAUUUUCA